AUGCCCACUGACGGUGACUCGAAGACGUCGGGCGAAUCUCCAAAACCUCGUCAGGGGUGGUUAGCAAAGUGUGGUAUCGUGAUACCGACACUAUCUGUACGUGAGAAGAGACACGGAUCCCCAGAAGAUCCCAACAGGCCAGUCAUUAUGACAGUCGCUGACUCACCCAAGAAGAGAAAAAGGACAUCAAGUCCUCCGUCUCAUAGAAGGAUACCAUUACAGCUUGGAGAGCCAAAGACCAUCGACAUGGCUCCAGAUAACAAAACAACCAAAGAUACUUUCACGGCAGCGCUAGGCAAUACCAAAGAAGUCACAGCCUAUACUUCAGCCCACUCUAAGCUCCUAGAAGCAGAAGACCAAGAUGCUUGGGAUCGUGAAGCAAGGCCCAAGGCUACCUCAAGGUCCAAAGACGAUAAAACGGAAGAGCAGGCUGCGACCAUCAUUCGGGCUAUUCGAGAGUUCGAGCGGAGGGUCAUCUUUGGCAGCCUGCCGUCAGAAGCAAUACCCGGGCCCGAGACUCGAGACAUGGGUGGCCAGUUUCUUACUAACAAGGAUCGCAUAGACGGAGAGAGUAUGCUAUAUGAGAUAGCAAAGUUGGUUCCGAAGGGAGCCCUUUUACAUCUUCACUUCAACGCCGAACUACAUCCUGAGCGACUUUUAGAGCAAGCUCGAGAGAUGGAGACCAUGUACAUUCGCAGCAUUCGCCCCAUCCUGACCCAGGAAGAUCUUGACUUAACAGAGACGGUCUUCAGUGUUUUGGACCCAGACUUGGUCGAGCCUAACGUCAACAUCUUUUCUCCAGACUAUCCAGGGAAUGCAACUAACUUCAAGGUAAACGAGUGGAAAUAUCGUAUCUGGAUGCCUUGGUCAAGUUUCCGCGCCGAGUUCGACAAAAUGAAAUUUUCGAAGAAAUACAAGCAGCAAGAAGACGCUUUCAUUAUCGAGACACCUAAAAGCUGCUCUGAGCCGGGAAAAGUGAGUCUAUAUCCCGCCGAGAACUGGCUGAAGUCAAAGAUGGUACUCAGCCAGGAGGAGGCAUAUGGUUUUACACAGACAGUAAACGGCGUUUGGGCACGUUUCAACCAAGCAACACGCUGCUUUAAAGGUCUGCUAAAUUAUGAAGGCGUCUACAAAUGGUACAUUAGUAAGGCUAUCGACCGCAUGAUUGAUGAGAAGGUCAUUUACGCCGAGCUACGGCCUAUGCUUCUUGAUAAGACCAUACCCUCCAACGACGGCAAGAGCAUGAUCGACAACUCUUCGCAGAUGCAGCUCAUUAUCGAUGGCGUAAGAGAGAAGCAAGCUGAGCUCAAGAAGAAGGGAGAACUACACAAAUUUCCAUUUGGGCUCAAGAUCAUUUACUGCACGCCGCGCUCGAUCCCGCGAGAAUUGAUGCAGAAGGAAAUGAUACAUUGCAUUGAGCUGAAGCAGGAAUUCCCCGACCUUAUCUGCGGGUUUGACCUCGUUGGAGCAGAAGACCGGCCCAAUCAUAUUGGCUUCUAUAAAGAGGAAUUUAUUGCCUUCCAGAAGACCUGCCAGGAGAAGAACCUUGAUAUUCCCUUCCUAUUUCAUGCGGGCGAAACACUACUUGAUACCGGCGGCUCCGCCAAUCCAGCCAAUUCAAACCUGUACGACGCGGUCCUACUCAAUUCGAAGCGCAUAGGCCACGGCUUCGCCCUUAUGAAGCACCCACACCUUGUCGAGAAGUUCAAGAAGACAAACUCAAGUCGGGGUAUUUGUAUCGAGCUGUGCCCAAUUUCGAACGAGCUUUUGCACCUUUGUAGAAACAUAAAGGAGCACCCAUUUCCCGAACUGUUAGCUGCAGGUAUACCCUGCACCGUUAAUUCAGACAAUCCUUCGCUUUUCAGCAACUCCAUGUCCCACGAAUUUUACCAGAUUAUGGUCGGCGCACCCACAAUGUCACUGUACAGCUGGAAGCAGCUCGCACGCUGGAGUCUCGAGUACAGCUGUCUCACGCCAGCCGAGCAAGCCAAGGGUCGCGAGUAUCUAGACCAAAGCUGGAAAGAAUUCUGCCAGCAUGUUGUCGACAAGUACGGCCAUCUAAUGGCUGGCGAUGAAAUUGACGAGGCUAAGGCGAAAGAGGCGUAUCCCGAGCGACAAGCUACUACGCUCUGA